GUCUGCCACUGCCGCUGGGACCCCCGGUGUCAUUACCCUCCCCGAACACGAUGCCCCCCAAGAAGGGAGGUGAUGGAAUUAAACCACAUCCAAUCAUUGGAAGAUUUGGAACCUCCUUAAAAAUUGGCCCAGAUGAAGUGCGUGCAUGGACCAUCAGGAAAGGAACGAAGGCUCCUCAAGCUGCAGGAAAGAUUCACACAGAUUUUGAAAAAGGAUUCAUUAUGGCUGAAGUAAUGAAAUACGAAGAUUUUAAAGAGGAAGGUUCUGAAAAUGCAGUCAAGGCUGCUGGAAAGUACAGACAACAAGGCAGAAAUUAUAUUGUUGAAGAUGGAGAUAUUAUCUUCUUCAAAUUUAAUACACCUCAGCAACCGAAGAAGAAAUAAAUUUUAGUUACUGCUCAGACAAACAUACAAUUUCCAAAAGGCGAAUGAUUUUUUUUUUAAUUAAAAUUUCUGAAAACUGAAGGGACAAAGUUGAGGGGGUGGGAAUCUUCUACAAACAGAAUUAUUUUUAUUUGUUUUAAAAUUAAAAUACUGUGCACCCCCAAUGAAAUGCAAGUUCACUAACGUGAACAGCUUUGCUUUUCACAUGAUUAAGACCGUACUCCAAAUUGUAGAAGCUUUUCAGGAACCAUAUUACUCUCAUGAUACUUCAUUAAUCUCCAUCAUGUGUGCCAAGCCUGACACAUCUGACAGUGAGGACAAUGUGGCUUGCUCCUUUUUGAAUCUACAGAUAAUGCAUGUUUUACAGUACUCCAGAUGUCUACACUCAAUAAAACAUUUGACAAAA